UUCGAUAAAUAUUAGCCAUACUAUUCAACACUAGUCGUUCUGUCAUCUGGGUGAAAAGUAUCAAGAGCAAGAGCGUAAAACCAUGUUGCGCAUUACAGCCGGUAAACUCGCCAACGCCAUGCGCGGCACCGUUGGAGUUACAUCUUCGCGUAUCGCCGCCGUGCGCUGCCUCCACGGCACCGAGGAAUCGGCCGAGGAGUUCGACAAGCGUUACGAGAAAUAUUUCGCUCGCGAGGGCAUUGAUGGCUGGGAGAUACGUAAGGGCAUGAAUGACCUGCUUGGCAUGGAUCUGGUGCCCAGCCCAAAGAUAAUAGAGUCUGGACUGCGGGCCUGUCGCCGUGUCAACGACAUUGCGCUGGCCAUCAGGUGGCUAGAGGGCUGCAAGGACAAAUGUGGCGACCAGAAGGCUACCCUCUAUCCCUACUUGCUGGAGAAGAUCACACCGACCCUGAAGGAGCUUGGUGUGCCGACUAUCGAAGAGCUGGGUUACGACAAGCCCGAAUUGGCUCUCAAGUCCGUUUAUGAUAUGUAAAGCGGCGGUUGCUUUAACGUUUUUCUUUAGUUUAAUUGACACAUUCAAGAAACACACACAAACAAUUCCAAUGUACUUCGUGCGGAUGAACAUGUUAUUGGAUUGCAAAUAAAAAGGAGAUUGGAGUAAGGCUACCACACAUAAA